GCGACGUCGGCCGUGCGGGGUCCCGGCGUCGGAGGCGCGCGCUCCCUCCUCUCGGAGAGAGGGCUGUGGUAAAAGCCGUCCGGAAAAUGGCCGCCGCCGCCGCUGCCGCGCCAAGCGGAGGAGGAGGAGGAGGCGAGGAGGAGAGACUGGAAGAAAAGUCAGAAGACCAGGACCUCCAGGGCCUCAAGGACAAACCCCUGAAGUUUAAAAAGGUGAAGAAGGAUAAGAAAGAAGAAAGCAAGCAUGAGCCCCUGCAGCCGCCAGCCCACCACUCUGCUGAACCAGCAGAGGCAGGCAAAGCGGAGACCUCGGAAGGGUCAGGCUCAGCCCCAGCCGUCCCGGAAGCUUCUGCCUCCCCCAAACAGCGGCGCUCCAUCAUUCGUGACCGGGGACCCAUGUAUGAUGACCCCACUCUGCCUGAAGGUUGGACCCGGAAGCUUAAGCAAAGGAAAUCUGGCCGCUCCGCUGGGAAGUAUGAUGUGUAUUUGAUCAAUCCCCAGGGAAAAGCCUUUCGAUCUAAAGUGGAGUUGAUUGCGUACUUCGAAAAGGUAGGCGACACCUCCCUGGACCCUAAUGAUUUUGACUUCACGGUAACUGGGAGAGGGAGCCCCUCCCGGCGAGAGCAGAAACCACCUAAGAAGCCCAAAUCUCCCAAAGCUCCAGGAACUGGCAGAGGUCGGGGACGCCCCAAAGGGAGUGGCACCGCGAGACCCAAGGCAACAGCAUCAGAGGGCGUGCAGGUGAAAAGGGUCCUGGAGAAAAGUCCCGGGAAGCUGCUCGUCAAGUUGCCUUUUCAAACUUCGCCAGGAAGCAAGGCCGAAGGGGCUGGGGCCACCACAUCAGCCCAGGUCAUGGUGAUCAAACGCCCUGGCAGGAAGCGAAAAGCCGAAGCCGACCCCCAGGCCAUUCCCAAGAAACGGGGCCGAAAGCCGGGCAGUGUGGUGGCAGCUGCUGCCGCUGAGGCCAAGAAGAAAGCCGUGAAGGAGUCAUCCAUCCGGUCUGUGCAAGAGACCGUGCUCCCCAUCAAGAAGCGUAAGACCCGAGAGACAGUCAGCAUUGAGGUGAAGGAGGUGGUGAAGCCCCUGCUGGUGUCCACCCUCGGUGAGAAGAGUGGGAAGGGACUGAAGACCUGCAAGAGCCCCGGGCGGAAAAGCAAGGAGAGCAGCCCUAAAGGGCGCAGCAGCAGUGCCUCCUCGCCCCCCAAGAAGGAGCACCACCACCACCACCACCACUCAGAGCCCCAGAAGGCACCCACACCGCUGCUCCCGCCCCCGCCCCCGCCCCCGCCUGAGCCCCAGAGCUCCGAGGACCCCGCCAGCCCCCCCGAGCCCCAGGACUUGAGCAGCAGCAUCUGCAAAGAGGAGAAGAUGCCGAGAGGAGGCUCGCUGGAGAGCGACGGCUGCCCCAAGGAGCCAGCUAAGACUCAGCCCACGGUCGCGACCACCACCACCACGGCCACAGAAAAGUACAAACACCGAGGGGAGGGAGAGCGCAAAGACAUUGUUUCAUCCUCCAUGCCGAGGCCAAACAGAGAGGAGCCUGUGGACAGCCGGACGCCCGUGACCGAGAGAGUUAGCUGACUUUACACAGAGUGGAUUGCAAAGCAAACCAACAAGAAUAAAGGCAGCUGUUGUCU